AUGACUAAAAAUUCAGAUGAAUUGGGAAAUGAAAAGAAAGCAAGAGACAUAGCUGAUUUGUUCAAAACAGCAAAAGAAUUAUCAAUUUUAUGUGGAAUACUUAUUUCAAUAAUUAUUUUUAAUCCUGGAGAAUUUGUUCCUACUAUGUGGCCAAAUGAAUUUGAGGCUAAGACUAUACUCACAAGGUAUUUAGGUUUCUCCGAAGAUGAAAGGCGAAAAAAGUUAGUUGAACACGAGACUUAUCUGGCAAAAAAAUUGAUUGAUCGGAAACUAAUUAUUGAAGAAAAAAUGAGAAGAAACGAGGAAAAUAAAUUGAAUUUCAUGUUCAAACAAUUAUAUGACAGAAAGGUUAAAAUAUCUGAACUUAAACUUGAUGCGAAGGAAAUAAGAGGACUGUUAAAGUUGUCCGCUGCUACAAGGGCUCAACUUGAUGAAAGGAAGAAACAAUUUGAUCAACAAGCUCAAAAUUUUCAACCUGCAUCGCUUCUCUGUAAUUUCGAUUCGACAACAAAGAAUGAGAUGGAUUAUAGCGAUUUUAAUGUUGAUACAUCGUUGAGUUUGUCAAGUGGAAGAGGUAUUAAACGUGGACGAAAUGAUUGA